AUGGACGCCAGAGCAGUGGCUGGGUGCUUCCGGGGAAAGACCAUCCUCGUCACCGGCUCAACUGGUUUCCUUGGAAAAUUGAUGAUUGAGAAGAUACUGAGGGUACAGCCGGACGUGAAGAAACUCUACCUGUUGGUGCGUGCACCGGAUGUCGCCUCUGCCGACCAGCGUAUCCUGACCCAGUUCGUCUUGGUCUCGCGCUUGCAGGUGUUGGGGAAGGACCUGUUCAAUACCCUGAGGGAAAAGCAUGGGCUUGCUGGCUUCCAGAAGCUCAUCAAAGAGAAGAUAGUUCCUCUCACCGGAGACGUCGGGUCUCACAACUUCAGGCUCGACAACUCCAGAGUUGACGACCUGUGCGAGGAGAUCGACAUUAUCAUCCAUGGGGCUGCAACAAGUAGCUUUUAUGAAAGGUACAACAAUUAG